UCUGUUUUGCAAAAUCUCUGCAUUGGAAAAGCUGAAAUUAAGCUUAAAAGAUUUUAGAAACAUUAAACAACCAAAGAAUAAUUGAAAUUAAAAUGUAUGUCCUGCCCGCUGUUUUUUGCACAGCAUCCUAUCCUAUGUAUACAAAAUGGAAAAAUUUUUCUUUGAGGAUAACAAUACCCCUGGGUAACCGUUUCAGGCGUUUUACAGCUUCUACUGCCCAAUUUUGACUUUAUUUGUUGCAAUUAAUGUAAGGUUUUCAUUCGACAAUUUUUAAUCAACGAUUGCCCGACAGUAACUGAAUUUUUCAUAAGAGUUCUUUCAUGUUGAAAAACUUCCUUUGCAAAAUGAUGCAGAAAAGUUUUCGUUGGAAACUGAGAUAAACAGUAAAUCAGAUCAGUGUAAUGCAAUGCGGAAAAUGUUUGCGGCCCGGAUUUGCAAUCAAAUGUUGGAGAUGCGGUAAUUUCUAACAUUUCAUAUUGACCGAGUCACAACAAAGUGGAUUGCAAUUGUUUUUUAACCCCCCUGCAAAGGAAUUAGUUACCCCCUAUUUCGAGAUCAAUGAUUGUUUAUUAAGAAUUAAAAUGGCGGUUGAUUUGCAUGAUCUAUCCGUUUGGCAAGUUGUCGACAGACGCUGUCUAGAUGUGUUCUGCAAUGCACGGAGGCAUCAAAUAUCACAAAUGUUCUAGGAUUAGACCUUUGAACUCUUAUCCUGAUGAUUUUUGGUCCGGUCAAAGAACUUUAUUUCAUGAAUUGUUUUGGGCCUAGCCUAAAAAUUUGAAAGUGUCGACGGGUUUUCAAAUCCCAAGAAAAUUGGAACACAUGGAUUGGUCAGAGGAAGAAAAGCAUGAAAAAUACUUUUACGAGGUGGUCAGGCAAAGCACGAUCUCCUUGCUGGUCUUUAUAUGUCUAUAUUUUACAUCGUAUGCAAUCAUAAGAUAUUUAAAGAAAAGGAGAGACAGCAUAUGUGAUGAUGAAGAAGACACAGUUUAUCGAAUUUCGAUUGCCCUAUGUUGCUUUUCUAUGUCUAUUUCAAUUGGAGCAGUUUUGUUGCUACCUUUCUCCAUCAUAAGCAAUGAAGUUCUUCUUCGAUAUCCUCAUAGCUUCUAUAUCAAGUGGUUAAAUGAUUCAUUGAUACAAGGUCUUUGGAAUCAAAUUUUUCUUGGUACAUACAUUGCUUUGUUUCUGGCCAUGCCCUUUGCCUACUUUUUCACUGAGUCUGAGGGUCUAGCUGGAUCACAAAAGGGUGUCAAGGCAAGAGUAUAUGAAACUUUUGUUGUAUUGGCUUUACUUGGCGUCCUAGUCUUCAGCUUGGCCUGGGUUGUUUAUGGGAUUGUUUUCAACAAAAAUGACACAGAAAAUGCUUUGAAUGUUGAUUCUUGGCUACCCCAUCUACCAUUUAUUUACUCUUGCAUCUCACUGUUUGGUGUGCUACUUCAACUUUUGUGCACGCCACUUGGAUUUGCAAGACUAUUUAGCGUCCUCGGUCAAUAUCUCGUGAAACCACAGUUUUUGAGGGAUGUUGAUGACGAAAUAAAUGCAAUUGAGCUCCAAAAAGAAAGUCUAGUACGGAGAUUAAAUCAUAGAGCAGAUCCAAGCAAGCGGUUUUAUACAGGACCAUUUGAAAAUGGAAUGAAUGGAACUUUUUCAAGUAGAGAUACAGACCCAGAAGCUAAAAAGAUCUUUCAACUAAUGGAAGAACAGCGAGAAUUAGAGCGCGAACGGGAUGCGUCAGCUUGGGAAAGAAAUCUGCUGUACCCAGUUUCUCUUUUGGUGCUUUUAGCUCUAACAGCAGCUUGUAUGUGCAUGGUUGCACUGAAUUCUUUGAGUUUGCUGUUUAUGAAUGGAAAAUUGCCGUUCAAAACACACUAUGCUGCACUAGGGAAGGUGUCUUUCUCAGCCCUCGGGUCGUUUGGAUCAAUGAUUGAAAUCAUUUUGAUAUUUUUUAUAAUGGCUGCCUCCCUAGUUGGCUUUUAUGGUAUGCCCAUAUUUCAACAUCUUCGUCCAAAGCGAAAGAAAACUGGCAUUACGCGGCUAAUCGCCAAUUGCAUCGUUUUUCUGGUUCUCAGUUCUGCAUUACCAAUUUUAGCCAGAACACUCGGUAUAACUAAGUUUGAUUUGAUGGGAGAAUACGCCAAGCUGGAUUGGCUUGGAAACUAUCACGUGGUGCUGUUUUACAACUUGGUCUUCGAAGCCUCGACCUCGCUGUGUCUGACACAAAAAUUCACCUCGACUGUUCGUAGAGCACUUAUGGAACAAAUGCGGCAGUCCGCUGUUUUUACGAGGCUUAAGACUUUAAAGCAGAAAUCUUCUUAG